UAAACCAUAAGAUUAGCAUACAACCAAUAUAGUUGGCGUUACUACCAACUGGAAUAUCCUUUGGUUGACCUCCAAGCUAAGAUGGACAACAAGGCCCGGGCUAUUUGAACCGGUGAUAAUGCUAUUGCCGAGUGUCCUAGACCGAAGCAAAGUGAGUGCUUUCACAUUUUGCAGAACAAUUAGCGCAAAUUUUAAAUUUCACAAAAUUAUGGUCAUUUAUUUUCACACACCAGAUUUGGGUCAUUUGGCAUAAAGCCCGUUUAAUUUGCUUAAUUCAGUUUCAUCAUCCACAAAUUAUUCAUCCUCUAUCCCAUUCACAUGGAUCCCACUAUUAUAGGCUCCACAAGUGGAGGUCUUGACACUCACAGUCCCCAGUAAAUAUAUUAUAGCUUUAUAUAUAUAAGGAGACCCACAGAGAAGAAUACUGAAAGUCAUUUCAUUUUAAAAAUGCUUGGUUUUGAAAUGGCUUUUUCAGAGCUAUGUUAUCUGAUCCUCUCCUUCUACCGCUCAAUCACGGUAGCUUUCUUUCAGUAUCUGCUUUCCUUUUUGCUCAAUCUAUAUCAGCUUCCACUGGUCUCUCUAGCUGAUGUGUUAUUAGGUAUAUACUUCAGGUUCUGUGGUCUAUCUCCAUGCACCAUCAACUUAGAUGACCAAACUAGUAUGUACUUUUGGACUGCAAAUCAAACUCUGUCAAACAAGCCAAGUCUGGUUAUGAUUCAUGGUUAUGGUGGCAAUUCAAAGUGGCAGUUUGUUCGCCAAGUGGGUACUCUGUCCAAGUCCUUUAACUUGCACAUACCGGAUUUGCUAUUCUUUGGCAAGUCUUACACGAACCGGCCUGACCGAACCGAAAUCUUCCAAGCAAAAUGUGUGUUCCAAGGGUUGAAGAGAUUGGGGGUGGACCGGUUCGCCAUCUAUGGUAUUAGUUAUGGAGGGUUUGUGGCUUAUCGGAUGGCUGAGAUAUAUCCAAAGGACGUGGAUAAGGUUGUGAUUGUGAGCUGUGGGAUAGGUUCCACGGAUGAGCAGAAAGAAGAGCACCUUAAGAAGAUUGGAAGAGAUGCAAAGAAGAUUCUUGUACCGGAAAGUCCUCAGGAUCUACGGCUUCUGGUGAAUCUAUCUGUGUAUAACAGUGAUGCUUUUAUGUGGAUGCCUGAUUAUUUUUAUACCAAGUUUAUCAAUGUGAUGUAUAAGGAACACAAGAAGGAAAAAAUAGAGCUGUUGGAAUACUUGCUGAGCCAAAAAGCAGAUCCAAACCUUCCCCUUUUGACACAGGAAACGCUGAUAGUUUGGGGCCAAGAAGAUAAAGUGUUCCCUGUAUACUUGGCCUAUCAGCUUCAAAGGCACUUGGGAUCAAAAUCUAAUGUAGAGAUAAUCAAGGACACAGGUCAUGCAGUGAAUAUUGAUGCACCUGAUUCACUCAACACAUUGAUUACAUCAUUUGUAAUAGGAUGCUCUUAAUAUAUGUAUAUAUAUGAUGCAUAAUAGUGUGUGUAUAGCUCCCUUAAGACCAAAAAAAAAAAAAAAAAAAAAAAAAAAGUGUCUGCAUAGCUGUUUAUCUCCGAAAGUUUAUAUAAUAUUUGGUCAGCUUGAGAAAUUUGGUAGCAAAUUCCUUCGUGGAAUUGGUGCAGUUUGCAUAUGAGAAAAAACCAAACUUUAAUUAGAUUGGUUCUGAUGGAGACUUACGGUUGAUGUAACAUAGAAGAUAACAGUUUGAUCAAGGAUGGGUGUGGAGCCCCCAAUCUGGUUUGAACUGAUAGGAAACUUAUUACAUAUUCUGAUUAAUGGUUUCAAAUUCAAAGUUAUUGUUCGAGAAAACCGUGAUUUUGUGGACUGUUUCCAAAGGGACAAAAAGGUUGGAAUUGGUUUGGUUAUGGGAAAUGGCCAAGUAACACAGCUAUGACUGAACUAGUUAUCCAACUGUUUAGAUGUCAAAAAAACUUGCUAUCCGAGUAAAACGAAUAGAGUAGCACAUGAGUUAGGUAUAUUUGGUUUGGGCCUUUUUGGGUGGAUGAUCAAAAUGCACGGACAAGCUUCAACUAUCCAAUAAAUUUUGACUUUUCUUUUACAUUAAAACUAAAGUUAUUUUCAAGUCUAUGAUAGUGUUUGAGACACGCAAUUCCUUAUUCUUUGCCAAGAAAAUAAAUAAAUAAGUUAAAGGCAUAGAAUACAAGUCUAUAAUAGUGUUUAAGGCACACAAUUCCUUAUUUCU